UUGACUGAUCGUGAAGUGGAAGGUAUCGUGGAAAUUAGUGCUUAUAUUCAUUGUCCAAGAAUCAUGGAUUGGAAUUUAGUUUUGGUGUCUGUUGUUACCCUUCUGGUGGCAGGAUAUUUGUACGUGAAGAAGAAGUUCCAGUACUGGGAAGAAAAGGGAGUUCCUUACGUAAAACCCCAAUUCCCAUUCGGAAUUUUGAAAGAGAUGGGCAGUACUAAGCACUCAAGUCAAGUUUUCUCGGAAGCGUACAAUGAACUCAAGGGCAAAAAUACUUUUGGAGGUGUCUUUUUCUUCACAAGACCUGUUGUUGUUCCAACUGAUUUGGAACUUUUAAAAAACAUCUUCGUGAAGGAUUUCCAGUAUUUCACCGACAGAGGAAUCUAUGUCAAUGAAAAAGAUGAUCCUCUAUCUGGUCAUCUUUUUGCCCUAUCUGGACAACGUUGGAGGAAUUUGAGGAACAAACUAAGCCCUACUUUCACUUCUGGAAAAAUGAAAAUGAUGCACAGCACAAUUAUUGCAGUUGCCAAAGAAUUCCAGAACUAUUUAGAACCAUUUGCCGAAAGGAAGGAAACGAUCGAAAUUAAGGAUGUUCUUUCGCGAUUUACAACUGAUGUUAUUGGAAAUUGUGCUUUUGGAAUUGACUGUAAUAGUCUCAAACAACCAGAUACUGAAUUUCGUAGAAUUGGAAAGAGGGUCUUUGAGAACACAUCUUUUGAAAUUAUUCGUAUUUUCUUCCUUGUGAUGUUCCAAGAUUUGGGUCGUAUGUUGAAAAUGAAAGUCAACAAGCCCGAAGUAUCUGAGUUCUUCAUGAGACUUCUCAAGGAAACCACUGAAUAUCGUGAAAAGAACAAUGUGAAGAGGAAUGAUUUUCUCUCACUUUUACUUCAGAUAAAGAAUACCGGAAAACUCGAGGGUGAUGAUACGGAUUUAGGAAAAAUGACCUUUGAAGAAUUAGCUGCGCAAACAUUCUUGUUUUUCAUUGCGGGCUUUGAAACUUCUUCUUCAACCAUGAACUUUGCUCUCUAUGAAUUGGCUCAGCAUCAGGAUAUUCAGGACAGAGCCAGAGAAGAAGUUAACAGAGUUUUAGAAAAAUAUAACGGUGAAUAUACUUAUGAAGCCUGCAUGGAGAUGAAAUAUCUCGAUCAAAUUAUCCAUGAAACUCUGAGGAAGCAUCCCAUAGUGGACAACUUAUUUAGAGUUUGUGGACAGAAUUAUCAAGUACCUGGUAGUAAACAUCUUAUUGAGAAAGGAACAUUUGUGAUAAUUCCGGUUUAUGGAAUUCAUCAUGAUCCUGAGAUCUAUCCGGAUCCUGAGAAAUUCGACCCGGAUCGCUUUACCGAUGAGAAUAUCAAGAACCGACAUCCCUAUGCUUGGAUUCCCUUCGGAGAAGGUCCUAGGAUUUGUGUGGGAUUGCGUUUCGGUGUUAUGCAGACAAGGGUUGGAUUGGCCAAUCUGCUUUCGAAAUAUCGAGUUAAGACGACACCAAAGACUCCAAUUCCUUUAGUUUUGGAUCCCAAGGGUAGUGUACUUACCCCUAAGGAUGGAAUGUGGUUACAAGUGGAAAAGGUUUAAUUAAGUGAUGAAGAAAAAUUAAUAGUCAUUCUGUGAGAUUUUUGUAGAACUUAUGCAGAGUCACCAUUCAUAAUCAAAAUGUUGUACUUUUUUUUGCUUUUAUCAUACACAAAUAAAAGUUUCAAGACAGUUAUAUCUUAUCAAUAAAAAAAAUUUGUGUGUAUUUUGCAAAAUAUUGUGACUAGUGAAAUUUCUGGGCUCGUGUAUAGAAACAUCUUUUCUCUUUGACGUAUUUGAAAAUGAUGCUCAAACUUGAACUUGGCUAAUUUGAUAAGAAUAUUAUUUAUAGCACACCUUUUCUUUAUGUUUGAUAUAUAGCGCUCCAUAGAAUAUUUAAAUCUUUUAGGAUAAUAAAGACAUUACUGAAUGAAUGAUUAUAUAAAACGUAAAUAAAUAAAAAAACCUCGUUUGUUUUUGUUGAACAACAACACUACUUCAUAAUAAAACUGUAUCUUUCAUA